GCGCGAGGGCGGCGGAUUCGAACGGCGGAGGGAGCGAGGGCGGCGGGAGGAGGAGGAAGGAAAGCGGGAGGAGGAAGAUGAAGCGCACGGCGCCCCGCAGCACUUUGCGGAAAAUUAUAAAGAAGCACAAGCCGCAGUUACGCCUGGCGGCGAACGCCGACCUGCUGGUUCAUUUGAGUUUCUUAUUGUUUCUCCAUCGGCUAGCAGAAGAAGCCAGGACAAAUGCUUUUGAGAACAAAAGUAAAAUAAUAAAACCUGAGCACACCAUAUCUGCAGCAAAGGUUAUUUUAAAGAAAAGCAGAGGCUAGAAAACAAACCACUGGAAUUUUAAAACACAUUUUUCAAUUUUUUCUGACUAACUUGAGUUAUACUGUGAUCCAGCUUCAGCAUUUGUGGAACUGUGUAGUUUGUUGACAUCUAUCUCCUGACUAUCUUGCUGUUUCUUUAAAAAGAAAUUUAAAAAAGAUCUUAGAAUGUAUGUUUUCAUACACUUAAUGCAUAAUUUAAUUUAUGUAUGUCACUUUUCACUGAAGACUUUUGAAGUACUUAAUUUCAUAAUGAUGGAGUAAUGCUUGUACCAUAGAUAGCCUUUGGGUACAAUAUGGCAUUUAUUAUUAAAAGUGUGAAACUUCUUAAGGGGAACAGUUCUUAAAAAAUUACAUAACACUAAAUUUAGGUUUCACUAAAUCUAGUGUAGAUUGUGCAGUUCAGAGCUGAUUUACUAGCUAAACAAAAUUAUGGCUUUCAAAACCAUCACUGUACAAACAAGUGUAUUAAAUACCAUGUCUUCAGUUUAUUUAUAAAUGUCUUGAUAAUUUUUAAAAUUACUUUGAAAAGCAGGUUGAAACUUGUGUGUUCUGGGGAAAGAAUACAUAGUUGGUAUUUUAAAUCAUGGUUUGAACUGUUAAGCUGACCUGUUUGAUGUGGUACAUGAGGCAACUUGGUGGUCUGUAAUUGAGUUGGUGUGGACAGAUACACAGGUUAUGGAAAAGGAAAGAUCUGGCAGAGCUGAUGUUUUCAAAGUUAGAUCUUGUAAAAAUAACAAAGAUAAGUUGGCAUGAGUGCCAGGCUAUUUCCUUUUCUCUUUUGUGUGUCAUGCUAACUUGUCAAAAGUCUGGAAAUAUACAUUAUAUAAAAAUGUCAUCUUAAAUUAAGGUUAUACUCUGUUCCUAUUCUGAUAUUUGUAAUAGUUUACUGAACACUUCGCUUAAUAAAUAUAUCAAUAAAGUUAUAGAUAAUGUUACUGUUCGAGCUGAUAAUGCAGUGUUGUGAAAUAUAUGGUAGCUGAUCCUUAAUAUGCACAGUGAACUGUUCUUAAAAUAAAGACUCUUUUCAAAUGUUA